GGUUGUAACAGCGUGUUGCUUUAAAACAGGUGCAGAAGAGAAGUUAAAGGCAGAGUGAACAGGAGGGUUAAGCCAAGAGUGGGAUCUUUAUGCACCUUAUGCACAUUCCCCUCGUACAGGUAGCAGAAAACACAACGGAUGCACCUUUAGGGUUCUAGACAUGUUUGGGAAGUUGAAGGGCCUCCUCAGUGGCCCACAGGUGCCAGCGGAGUCUGGAACCAGGAGGGUGGACCCCGACCCAGCUCCAGCUCCAGCUCUAGCUCCAGCUCCAGCUCUAGCUCCGGCUCCAGCUCCAGCUCCAGCUCCAGCUCCAAGCAAAGAGGAGAAGCCAGCCGAUAAGGAGGAUGAAGCCAAGAAAGUGGACAAACCGCAGGCCGCUGCCCCUGCCCCUGCCCCUGCCCCUGCUCCUGCCCCUGCCUCUGCCCCUGCCCCUGCCCCUGCUCCUGCCCCUGCCCCUGCCUCUACAGCAGCACCAGCUAACCCUGACCAACCUGGAGCCGAGGGACAGGAGGCGGCUCCUCCUCCACCUCUACCCAUAGUCAUCAACAGGUACUCAGACGACCAACUCAGAGCCAUAAUCAAACUGAUGAGAGAGAGAAACGCCAUCUACAGGGAGAAAGUGGCUGAUCAGUACGCUUCAUCCCCUGAGAUAUCUCCUCCUGUCACACCAAUACUACGCAAAGACGACUACACAAAACUCAUUGAGGAAAGGGAACGGCAAGCAGAGCAGGACCGGAUAAAGAAGGAGGAGGCCGAUAAGAAGAAGAAAGAGGAGCAGGAGAAGAAGAAGAAGGAGGAUGAGCAGAAGAAGAAGGAGAAGGAGGAGGAGGACAAGAAGAAAGCAGAGGAGGAGAAGAAGAAGGAGAAGGUGAGCAUUAAGACCAAGUUAACUCUAGCUGCCUGGACUACGGUGGACAUGAUGCUGAAACCCAUCGAGGACAGGAUGGACUCCCUGGUGGGGACCACCAUAGACCCUUUCACAGAUCGACGCUACAUCGCGUGGCUCAGCCUGGUGACUCUGGCCUUCAACUACAACACGUGGUUCUUGACGGCCCGUCUGUGUUUCCCCUACCACACUGAGAGCGCCAUCCCUUACUGGCUCGCCGUGGACCUGCUGGCCGACCUCAUCUACCUCACAGACAACAUCAUCUUCCAGCCGCGCAAACAGUUCGUCAAAGGAGGAGACAUCAUAAAAGACAGAGUGAUGACAAAGCAGCACUACAGAGACUCAGACAGAUUCCUGUUCGACGCCAUUUCCACCCUUCCUUUUGACUUGCUGUACAUACAGUUUGGAUUUAAAUCCAUUUUCAGGUUCAACCGUCUUCUCAAGGCAGACACGUUUUUUGAGUUCAGUGACCGUCUAGAAAGCAUCAUGGCCAAAGCUUACAUCUGGAGAGUGAUCCGCACCAUCGGCUACCUCCUCUUCAUGCUCCACAUCAAUGCCUGCUUCUACUACGUGGCCUCAGACUAUCAGGGCAUCGGCCAAACCACAUGGGUUUACUCUGGCCUAGGCAGCGCGUAUCUGCGUUGUUACUACUUUGCAGUUCGCAGUCUGAUCAACAUCGGGGGUCUUAACGAACCCCACACCGUCUUUGAGAUUACCUUUCAGAUGACUAACUUUUUCACGGGCGUCUUUGUGUUCUCCAGUUUGAUUGGACAGAUGAGGGAUGUCAUCGGUGCAGCUACAGCUGGACAGACCUACUUUCGUUCCUCCAUGGACAACACCGUGGCCUACAUGGUGACUAACCACAUCCCCUCUUUGGUGCAGAACAGAAUCCGCACCUGGUACACCUACACCUGGGACGCUCAGGGCAUGCUGGAUGAGUCAGAGCUGCUGGAUAAGAUGCCUCUAGUGAUGAGAACUGCCAUCGCUGUGGACAUCAACCUCGCAACCUUCCAGAAGAUUGAUCUUUUCAAGGGCUGUGACCAGCAGAUGUUAGUCGACAUGUUGCUGAGACUCAAGUCAAUCAUCUACCUACCCGGAGACUUUGUUGUGAAAAAAGGGGACAUCGGUAAAGAGAUGUACAUCAUUAAAAGUGGAGCAGUGCAGGUGGUGGGAGGACCUGACAACAGUAUAGUGUUUGUCACACUGAAGGCCGGAUGUGUGUUUGGAGAAAUCAGUCUCUUGCAGUCUUCCAAAGACGGAGGCAACAGACGGACGGCUAAUGUCAAAGCUUACGGCUUCGCUAACCUCUUUGUCCUGGAGAAGAAAGACCUGUUUGACAUUCUGGUCCAUUAUCCAGAGUCUCAGAAAGUUCUGGCCAGGAAGGGCAGAAAACUAAUGAAGGCCAAGGGCCCAGCAGCAGCUAAAGCUGAAGAGGAGAAGAAGAAAGGCCUGGCGCUGUUCGGACCCAAACCGCCGACACCCAAACUGCUGCGAGCCUUCGGAGGAAACAUCAACAAAAACCUCAUUGACAAAAUGAAGAAUGCUGGUGGUCAGUGAGGAUUAUAAUGAGCCUCCUAUGAUUUUCUUUAUAACUCCUUUUUGGGAGUAAAUGUACAGUUUUAUUUUCAGCUUCUUUUGUACAGAGUUUGUUUUCUUUAAUGUUGAGAUUUUCUCUGAGAUGGACUCAUUCAAACAUUUACUAGAAGCCCUACAGCAGCAAGGUUCACUUAAAGCAAGACUGUGAGCUUUAAGAAAAUUAGUUGUAAUCACAAGGAAAUGUACUAAAUGACAAAAAAACACUGGCUUCAACAAACACUGAGAAAUGUAUUUAGUGCAAUAUUAGGAUCCAGACACUCUCUACUGCCCCUAGUGGACACUGCAUGAUAUAUAUUCUGUCAUUUUACAUACUGUAUAUAUAUUUUUUCAGUUUCAGUUGUAAAAGCCAAACAGAGAUUAUCUGUAAUUAUCAGAAAAUUGUGACAGUAUAUAAAAGUUGACUAAUUUUAUGCCCAUCUAUAUCUGCUAAAAUAAAUAAUUACCUGAUUUAAUUGCA